AUGGAACCGCAACCAAAAAAUUUGGCUUCGCAGAAGCCGCAGACUGCUUCAAACAAGUCAGAAUCAAAAUCAAAAUAUGCCUUUACCCAGAACACUGUUUUGAGUGCACUUGAUAGGACGCUCUUGGAAAAAGGCCUUCGAAAGCAAUGGAAAUUUUUCUCUGAAGAUGAUAAAAUGUUUGGCUCAUUGGAUGUUCGUGGUGGUUACAUCGCUCAUGAUAUGUGCACCUGGCGCAAAGAUAUUUCAUCGUCCAGCCCCAAAGACAUCCUGAAUUUGAAGCAAUGUCUAGCUGGAAAGGCAUUGCGCUUCUGGGAAAAAAAUCCAGACCCAGAAUGGAUUCCGGGCGCGAAAGAAGAACAGGCGUUUGUAGAGGCUUACGAUAAUAUGGUUAAGAUCAUCCAAGGCAUACCUGCAGAAAAGGCCGACAACUAUUCUGCUUAUAUGGAACAUCGUUUGCGCUUGGCAACGUCAACUGAUGGCGGAGAAAUCCUUGGUCCUCUUUUACAUGAAGUGCUUUCCAAUAAAGUGAGUAACCCUGAAAUGAGAUUUGCUGCCUAUCAAGCAGCAAAAGCCCUACACCCUGAAAAUAAUGUCAAUAUCGAUCCCAAAGAUGACAUAAACGUCGACUAUUCUCAAAGUGAGAAGCGGAAGAAUUCGAAGAAGGUGACAACGAAGAGUUUAGAUGGGAGAAACUUUGCGCUGUUGGUAAAUAACUCUUCGGGCAAGAGAAAGAGACUUUCGGGCGACGAAGAUAAUGAUGAUGUGGAAACAGCGAAGAACAGAAAUGAUGGAAACGUCGUUAAUGCAACAGCCGGUAUCUCCACUGUCCAUUCAAAGCCGCUUGAAGAUGAGACAUUUAAAUCUCAAUCAAUUCCCAAGGAAGAAAUUGCGGUUCGGGCGUCAAGAGCAGACUUACUCGGCACAAAGACAAAUAUCCCUUUUAGCCUUCGCGGUCCUGCUUACACCUCUGUUCUUGGAACUGAGACUUUUGGCACUGGACUUCGUACUUCUCGACUUCGCACUUUCGACACUGGCGGCAGCUCUACCACUCGAAAGUCUAACACACAAAAAUCUAACAACGCCAUCCUCGACAAUUCUCCCAAGUUUGAGUUGUCAGAUCUCACAACACCGCUCAGUUUACUCAGCAAGCCGAAUAAGAGACGAAAAGUGACGGAUGAAGACAAGGUUGAGGGACAAGAUGACAAAUUUAAACUUGAUACUAGUGGACCGGACUGGGUACGAAAGUAG